GGCGGCGGGUGGUACGGCCCAGUGUGUCGCCGCGUGCUGGCGGAGGGCGCGGGCAGUGCGCUGGCGGCAUGACGGGCAGGGAGCCGCUGGUGGGCGCCCUGAAAGUGUGCAUCCUGAACCUGAAGGAGGGGAACAGCCCAUACACAGAUGCCUCGCCGCACCUCACCUCCUUCUGCGAGAUCCUGGAAAUGAUCCUUCGGAAAGGAAUGAAACAGCCAGUCUUGGGCUUCAGGAGACGGGAUUAUUGGCAUUGGCUAGAACAGCUUCCUCAGCAGGAUGCUGCCAGCAGGGUAACUCCCCUGUCCAUCAUAAUAGAGAGAGCCAGUUCCUGCAAGAAGGUGCUGACAGCGCAGGGACGAGGCCGGUAUUUCCUGCGCUUGGCUUUAAAUGGAAAGUUACUAGCGACUGCUGUUCGACAGCUGUCUCGGUCUCCUAAGCUGCCAGAGUUUUAUGAUCCUGUGACCUCAGUCCUGGGAAACGAAGAUUUCAUGGAGCCCUUCCUCUCACUGAUGCUGGUGGUGACAGAGAUGAAUUUCUCCUUGGAUCUGCAGAAUUCCAGUUUCUUGGAUGAAAGCUGGUUGCUGCCGGUGUGUGUAACCUAUGAAACAGUACCCUGCAGAGAACUGGGGAUGGUACUCAGGUACUUGGAAGGUCGGAUCUUUGUCAUAGAGAUGCUUCCUGAGAGCCAGGCGGUGGUGGACGAGGUGGUGCUGGCUGGUGAUGUCAUCGAUGAGAUCAAUGGUAUCUCACUGAGGAAUGCAUACAAUGGGCAGGCAGGGGCGGUGCUGCAGAAGCUGAAAGGCAAGCCGCUCCACUUCCGCUUAAUCCGGUGGAAGUGGCACGACGGAGGGAUGUAUAAACCCUUGUUGCCCUACCUGAAAGUCCUGAGGGAGAAAGUUUCCGGCUUCCAGCUCCAGUAUGAUCACAGAUGCAAAGAGAAGAAGGAGGACCGGUGCCUGCAGGGGGGCAGGCUGCUGUACAACCUGCACUACCUGGGCCAAGCCAAUGUAGGAAAGUAUGGCGGCAAAGAGGUGUUGGACCAGGGUAUACCCAUGGUGUUAGAACAGCACUUACCGCCCCAGGAAGUUUUAUUUGACGUGAAAGAAACCGAAGUCCUCAUACAAGAGAGAACUUCUUCCAAGGUUCUGCUCCACUACCCUUAUCCAGAGAUCUCCUGCGUGGGUCGGCGUUUGGACAACAGCAAUCUCUUUGCCUUCUGUGUUGCGGUUUCACCAGAGAUGCCUGAACAAAGUAUCUUUGCCUGCCUCGUGUUUGAAUCCAAUUCUCAGGAAGAAUGUGAAGAAAUCAUCAAGAGAAUCGGUAAGCCAAGGUUUUACUGCUUUAGAUAUCAGUUCAGCAAAGUUGAACGUGAAGAAUUUCCACCACUAUCUGCUACAUGCAGACACUGACUUCCACCGUGUUUUGCUGAGGUCUUAUUAGCUUGGGUACGUACAAUGGAAUAGUUUUUAAUGUCCACCAAAGAAACUUUUAGCACCUCCUAGAUAUACCAGGUAAUUUGAUUUUAGGAUGGAAGAUAUGCUGGUGUUUCACCAUCUCUAAAUCAGUGAUGUUCAAUGGUAUUUCAAAAGAUCAGUGUUUUAAAAGGUAUUUUUUCCAUUGGAAGGUCAGCCUCUUGCUUCAAGGUAUGACUAAAAGUAAGUUACAAAACAGCUGUAAAAAUUCUAAGGUUACUAUACCCAAAGAAAGUAUUUGAGGUGUUUCAUAGCUGAGAACCCAUUUUUAAUAUAUAAAUCUAUACAACACUCAUGAGGUAGGAAUACUUUUAUCCCCAUUUUACAGAUGGGGAGUUGAGGCACAGCAAGACAGUAAGACUUACCGAGGUCACACAGAGGAGGAUGUUCUGAAGCAGAAACUUAACUCUUGCAAGUCCUAAGAUAGUGCUCUAAACAUUGGCCCACCCUUAACAAUGGAAUAAAAUAGUCAAGAUGAUAAUAUUCUGUCUGCUUAACUUUUUGCACUUAAGACUCAAGUGGUUUAGCUUUGGAAGUCUGGAUGCAAGGAUGUUAUUCCCUAAUCAUCUUAGAUGUGUGGACAUUUCAGUUUGGUGCCCUUGCAAAAUAGCCAAGAUUCAGGGCGAGAGAGCAAGAUGGCUGCAACAGCUAUAAAGUCAACUGCUUUAUUUGUAAGAAAUGGUAGUGUACCCCAAACUAGUUUUACAGGAUGAGGCAAAGUGUGCAGGGGGUGCUGCUCUCAGUGUGGGGGUCAUCGGUAAUGCAUGCUUGUUCCCUUAGCUGCUGGAUUUAAACAUACUGAAUGGGUUGUCUGAUGAGAAGGGAAGUGAUGGCUCUAGCUAUGAGCUUCCUCCAGGCACGCCGCUGACCCAGAUUUGGAGCCUUCCUGACAGCCCAACUUUGUCAGCUGCUUGAGACUCUACCAACUCAGGUCUUAAGACUAAGAUGGUAUUUCUUACUGUUGCCCAUUGACUGGCUGUAGAGCUUUAUUUUUUAACUUUGUGGAAGGAAGUAUUUCAAAUACAUUGCAUCUUUGAGUCACUCUUAAAGCUGAUGCUGGAACCUGCACUUUUGUAUAUAAUCAUUUUGUUCUUAAAAUGCAAUCUCUUUUUUAUGGAGAGCUUUACUGAAAGCUUUCGAAGUUUGCUUGGAAUAAAUCAAGUGGAGAAU